AUGUCGUCGAAGGGGAGAAAGUGUAAGCCAUCAAUUCCCUGGAUACCAGUAGUCGACCCUGAGCCAACCCCCCACUUUCCAGAGGCCCUGAAGUACCAGCAACUUCAACCACUUAUCCAAGACCGUUCCUGGACAAAGACUGUACCCUUCAAGCACUUUUUCAAGUACGUGAAACCCUCCGAGAGUAUCGCCAGUUUCUACACACCUUCUGCUUUGAAAUUUCGACUCCAGACGUUAAAAAGACGUCGUAAGGUUAAACCUCUGAUAAAAGAUUUCUUAGGGAACGACGGAGAACUCCAGUACCCGCCGAUUUCACUGGUUCGUGCGUAUGAGCAAGAGGUAGUGCGAAGAAAUGACGAGAAAACAAAAUUGUUGGACUCUCUGCCUGAAAACGUCAUCAGUCUCGUUGAUCUCGCUAAUGGGACGUGGCUCAGACGAAAGGUUGAGAAGAGAAGUCGAAGGCUUCAGGAGGCGAAGAAAAAACUUACGAAAAAAAGAAAAAUGGAAAUUGAAAGGGACCUGUUGGAGAGAGAGGACUUGAGGAAGCGUGAGGCCGACCUUCCAAGAUCUGUAGAGUCUCAACUUGCUGAGCUGUCGACUGCGAAGGAAAUCGAGAUGAAUAAAAAUAUGAAGCCUGAGGAUAUCGAGAAGAUUGGAUUUCUGGGGAAUUCAGGCAUCCGAGAUCAUCAUUUGGAGCCUUACGAUUAUAUCAACAUUGAAAUGGCGAAAGCACGAAUAGAUGGCAAGUUAAGGAGAAGGAAAGAUUUCCAUGACCUUUUGAAGGAGCUGGACCAAGAAAUUAUUGAAGAUUAUAAGAGGAGCGUGCGAAUCGCCAUUGUUCAUUACAUUGUAUUGGAUGAAGAUGAGCGAGAACGUCUUGGUGUGAAAGAAAUUCCUGUCGAGUAUCCAGUGCUUCAUAUUCGUGCACCUGUGCCCUGGCAUCAGUCUAUUAUUACCGCUACUCAUUCUAACGAGCAUAAUUUGUUCAUUACUAAUGAGAUUCUCAGGGACAUAAGGGAUCUGUGGUUUUCGAGAUACAGCUCCAUGCGCAUUAUCGACGUGCAAGACCUGGGCAUUCUCCCAAUUCCAGCUCUCGCUCUAGAACCAGCUGUAGAAUCUCUGUGUGCCUUGGCAAUCGAUAAGCUGGAACAUCAGUGGCUGGCAGAUGUGGCUGAGCUUUUCCUCGAAAAGAAGCACGCAUGGUGUUCCCUCUUCGAGAAGAGUCCUACCACCCCUACCUUUCAUAUCGAAAAGUACUUCCGAGCCGUCAACAGUCUUCUUUCCCGUCAACUCCGCAUCAUUAUGCUCGAGACCCUAAAAGAAUUCAAAGAUUUUCUCAUCCAAUACAAAGACGGAAACUCCUUUGAGGGCAACUACCAGGAUCUGACAUUCAUUAGACCCCCAUUUAUUACUAUUUCCGUGGAACCAGUCCUAGGCACCUCUGAACUUCGUCUCAUCCCCAGCAUCAAGGAACUCCAUGAUACAGUUUCCCGAUGUUUCAAUAAAAUCCUUCGCGUGGGAGCUCAAGUUCCAAGAAUCGAAACAAUCAUUUUCCCAGAGUUCAAGUGCACCGGUUGUCUGUUCCUAAUUUCAAGAGCCGAGUCAUCAGUCUCUCAAAUCAUCAAUGAAGCCUUGGAUGCCAUAAAAUGCAAUAGGCAGGGCCCUGAAGAUUACCUGAAACACUACCAAGACUUAUCCUAUAUCCUGGACGGUCAAGCCACCGAGAAUCUCAAAAACUACUUUCAGAUAGACCCAAUCCCCUUCCUCCGUGAAUUCGGGAACCGAAUCGACGGCUAUGACAGCCUAAGCAAGGAAAUCUGCCUUUUUCGAAAUAAGAUCCCCCUGAACAUGAUCGAAAUCGAUUGUUCGAUUGUCAACGACUCGAUGAGAUCAACUUUGUAUGAUCUCCGAGCAUCGAUCUGUGAAUUUUUUCUCGAAGAAUUGCGGUCGAAUAACCGUGAACUCUGUCACGUGUUCGAUGAAAUUGCAGACAAGAUCUCGGGCAUGCCCGAGACAACUCAAGAAGUUGUUGAUCUCUUCAACUUCCUGGUGGACAGUCGGGACAAUACAAUGUUCAGUCUGAGAAGUAAGCUAGCAAGAUGCGCAGAAUUGAUUCUAUUCCUGUUUGAUUAUCAGCCUCCAAGCGAUGAAGACAUUAAUUUAAAUACUCGCACCCUAACGUGGCCGAAGGAGAUGGAAACGGUAAUGGAAUUGGCAACGACGAGACUGAACAUGAGGAAGGAAUUCGUUGAAGGAGUCCUAAGGACCAGACGGGACAACUUCGAGCAAAAGAUAAGCCGAAUGCAACUGGCGAUUGAUCAAUUCAAGAAGAAAGAUCCGCCAGUUUUGACAGUUGAGGAGAUGGAGCAAGCGACCGAAGAAAUUGAACAGCUAUCAGCUACAAUGGGGGAGAUGAGAAAGGAGGCUGAGCAAAUCAACGAAGAAGAGGGCCUUUUAGACAUGGAACUCAGUCCAUAUUUGUCUCUCCCUGGGAUGACAUCAACAGUGGAGACCUUUGACAAACUCUGGCAUACUGUUCUCCAGUUCCAUCGAAAUUAUGAAAAGUGGUACUACGGCCCCUUCUCGGGUCUGGACGCCGACGAAGUAAGAGAGGAGACUGAUAAUGCCUGGAGGACAUUGUAUAAACUUGGACGAGCGCUGACAGACAUCCCCGGAGCUAGGAGAAUCGCGGAGAUGAUACGAGGAAAGGUCGAAAAGUUCAAGCAAUUCAUUCCAGUUCUUCAGACGAUUUGCAAUCCUGGACUGCAAGUACGUCAUUGGGAUCAAAUCAGUCAAGUAGUGGGAGAGACUAUCGUCGCGAGUGAGCAGAGUAGUCUGUCUCAGAUGAUUGAGUACGGAUUACCUGUCCACAUAGCUAAACUCGAAGAGAUCUCGUCGGCAGCUACGAAGGAGCAUACGUUGGAGAAGAAUUUGGAGAAGAUGAAGGCAGAGUGGGAGCAGAUCUAUUUUGACUUGACUCCAUAUCGGGAAACAGGUGUGCAGAUUUUGUCGGCCGUUGACGACAUCCAAAUGCUUCUUGAUGAUCACAUUCUCAAAGCUCAAACAAUGAGGGGUUCGCCUUUUGUAAAAGCCUUCGAACACGAGAUGGAGAGCUGGGAGAACAAACUGAUCACUAUGCAAGACAUCAUCGAUCAGUGGCUGACGUGUCAAGCCACUUGGAUGUACUUGGAACCGAUCUUUAGCAGUGAAGACAUCAUGAGACAGAUGCCCACGGAAGCUAACAACUUUAGGAAAGUCGAUAAAAUGUGGCGUGGGAUGAUGACGUCUGUCGCUGAGGACAAGAAAGUCACCACUGCGACAGGAAUCCCAAAUAUGCUUGAUCAGUUUCGACUCUGCAAUUCGCUUCUCGACGAAAUCCAGAAAGGGUUGAAUGAUUAUCUUGAGAAGAAACGAUUGUUCUUUCCGCGAUUUUUCUUCCUCUCAAAUGACGAAUUGUUGGAGAUUCUAUCCGAGACAAAAGACCCUCAGAGAGUUCAGCCCCACUUGAAAAAAUGCUUUGAAGGUAUCAGCAAGCUUAAAUUCACCAAGGACGAGGAGAUCAUAGGGAUGCUCUCCGAUGAAGAUGAAUACGUUCCAAUGAGCGGGAAGAUCUAUCCGGCUGAUGCGAAAGGAAUGGUAGAGAAGUGGCUCUGUCAGGUAGAAGAGAUGAUGAUCAUGUCGUUACGGGAUAUUGCGCAGGACAGCGUAAUUGCUUACUUUACAGCAGUGAGGGAAGAAUGGAUUCUCUCCUGGCCAGGACAAAUAGUUCUCUGUGGCAGUCAGAUUCACUGGACCAGUGAAGUCAUCGAGAGCUUCGAGGAUGCCUCUACGUCGAAUUACCUGCAGAAGUGCAGUGAUCAAAUAGACAGAACAGUGGCGCUUGUCCGGGGAAAGUUAGACCCAGGAACGAGGAUAACGUUGAAUGCUCUGAUUGUUAUUGAUGUCCAUGCUCGAGAUGUUGUAAAAAUGCUGGUGGAACGAGAAGUGAGUGACGCAAUAGACUUCAAUUGGAUCUGCCAGCUUCGAUACUAUUGGUUGGAAGGUGCCAUCACUGUAUCGAUGAUCACGACAGACGUCAUGUAUGGAUUUGAGUACCUGGGGAACACUCCUCGUCUCGUCAUCACGCCAUUAACUGACAGGUGCUAUCGAACAUUGAUGGGAGCACUGAAAUUGAACUUGGGCGGAGCACCAGAGGGCCCUGCUGGUACAGGAAAGACCGAAACAUCUAAAGAUCUUGCUAAAGCUGUCGCCAAACAGUGCGUUGUAUUCAACUGCUCCGAAGGUCUUGAUUACAAGGCCAUGGGGAAAUUCUUCAAAGGUCUUGCUCAAUCAGGUGCUUGGGCCUGCUUCGACGAGUUCAAUAGGAUCGAGUUAGAAGUUCUGUCUGUAAUUGCUCAACAAAUCCACACCAUUCAAAUGGCGAUCAGCAUGAAGGUCGAACGAUUCCUCUUUGAAGGUACUGAAUUGAAGCUAAAUCCCACCUGUAAUGUCUUCAUCACUAUGAAUCCUGGGUACGCUGGACGUCAGGAGCUUCCUGAUAAUCUGAAAGUUCUUUUCAGGACCGUCGCUAUGAUGGUCCCUGAUUACGGAAUGAUAGGAGAGAUCACUUUGUACUCGUACGGCUUCAUGGACGCCAGGAGUUUAGCUGAGAAGAUUGUUCAUACGUAUAAGUUGUGUUCUGAACAAUUGAGUUCUCAGAGUCACUACGAUUACGGUAUGCGAGCUGUCAAGACUGUGCUAACAGCUGCUGGCAAUCUGAAGCUCAAGUAUCCAAACCAGAAUGAAGCCAUUCUCGUCCUGAGGGCUAUUGUGGAUGUCAAUCUUCCCAAAUUCUUGGCUCAGGAUGUUCCCUUGUUCAAGGGAAUUUACAGUGAUCUAUUCCCGGGAGUGGAUCUGCCCAAUCCUGACAGGGAUGAAUUAAUUGAACUGUUAAAAAUCAACCUGGAGAAGAGGAAUCUCCAAGCGACUGACUGGUAUGUUGAGAAGGUCAUUCAAAUCUAUGAGAUGAUAUUGGUUAGGCAUGGCUUGAUGGUCGUGGGAGACACUCUAGGAGGAAAGACUCAGGCCUAUCAAGCCCUCGCCGAUGCUCUUGGAGAGCUCUCUGUAAAACGCAAAGCUGUGAUCAAGGAAUUCAAGACGAUUUACAGGAUCAUCAAUCCCAAGGCGAUCACCAUGGGCUUACUUUAUGGCUCUUUCGAUCCCAUUUCUCACGAGUGGAGCGAUGGAAUUCUCGCAAACACAUUCCGAGAGUACGCCCAGUCUCUGAGCUUUGACCGGAAAUGGAUCGUCUUUGAUGGACCUGUUGAUGCUGUGUGGAUUGAGAACAUGAAUACAGUAUUAGACGAUAACAAAAAGCUCUGUUUAAUGUCCGGUGAGAUAAUUAUAAUGUCGAAUAAAAUGAAUAUGAUGUUUGAGCCUGCUGAUCUUGAUCAGGCAUCACCUGCUACAGUCAGUAGGUGUGGAAUGAUCUACAUGGAGCCGUCACAGCUCGGAUGGCAACCGAUCUUCGAGAGUUAUAAAAAAGAUUUGAGACAAAGGAUUCUAGUGGAACAGUUCGAGUUGAUUGUCGAACUUGUUGAGUGGCUCACACCACCGGUUUUCUGGUUCAUCAGAAUCAACUGCCGAACAUUUGUCGAUACUUCUGAUCUGCAUAUGUUCCUGUCUUUUACGAGAAUGUUGAGUACCAUGCUGGAAGGAGAGAGCCAAGUGAGCACGGUAUGGUUGCAGUGUAUGAUGCUCUUCUCCAUGAUCUGGGGAUUCGCGUCAACACUUGUGAGUGACAGUCGAAAGGAGUUCGAUUUAUUUUUCCGAAAGUUGUUAGACGGCAAGGUGGACGAAUACCCGAAGCCGAAGGCUUUUAAGUUGUCCAAGCAACAACUCUUCCCCGAUAGAGGCACUAUUUACGAGUGGCUGUACGAUAAGAGGAAUAAUGGGAGUUGGAUUUCGUGGAUGGACACAGCUCCUCCAAUAACACUUCCUCCAACCGCGAAAGUCAGUGAUCUAAUUAUUCAAACGAAUGAGGUGUCAAUGCAACGAUUUUUCAUAAAGAGGCUCCUGGAUCGCUCUAUCCCAAUCCUCUUUGUGGGACCUACAGGUACAGGAAAGUCGGCUAUAGUACUGGACUACUUGGUCAACCUACCCAAGGAGAAAUAUAUCCAGAACGUGGUGAACUUCAGCGCUCGAACCAGCGCCGCACAGACCCAAGAGAUCGUCAUGUCGAAAUUGGACAGACGUCGAAAAGGUGUCUACGGUCCAACAAUGGGGAAAAAGUGCAUCCUCUUCGUCGAUGAUUUGUCAAUGCCCCAGAAGGAGGUCUACGGCGCCCAGCCCCCAAUAGAACUCCUUCGUCACUGGAUAGACCACGGCUACUGGUUCGAUCCAAAGGAUACAACAAUUAUAUAUCUGAUGGACAUCCUCAUGAUAGCUGCAAUGGGCCCUCCAGGUGGUGGUUCCAAUGUUGUCACCCCUCGCUUAACUCGUCAUAUGCACAUUAUCGGAAUCGACGCCUUCGAGGACGCCACGAUGACGAAGAUCUUCACCUCAAUUCUCGACUGGCACUUCGCCAAGGGCUUUGACUCUAGUGUCUCUCGCCUCGGAAAAAUGCUGGUCUCAGCAACGAUGGAUAUUUUUCAAGACGCCAUCCUAAACUUCCUCCCGAUUCCCGCAAAAAGCCAUUACACUUUCAAUUUGAGAGAUUUCAGCCGAGUCAUCAAUGGAAUCGUUCUCGUCCCAUCAUCUAGAAUGCGAGACCCUGAUAAACUCAUAAAACUUUGGAUUCACGAGGUUUAUAGAGUUUUCCACGAUCGUUUAGUAGACGAACAGGACAGAGAAACGCUCUUCAAAAUGAUAAAACGAGUCACUUACGAUCAACUUCGUCAGCCACUGGACAAAGUCCUGUCGGAUUACCUAAAAGAGGAUGAGAAAACAAUCACAAGUACUCACAUUCGCGAUCUGUUCUUCGGUAUGUACAUGGAGCCCGAUGCGGAUCCAAAGAUCUACGAUGAAGUGACAGAUCUCAACGAUCUUCAAGAGAAGAUGGAGUACUAUCUAACGGAAUACAACAUGAUGUCGAAGACCCCGAUGUCUUUAGUUCUCUUCAGAUACGCCAUCGAACACAUCUCGAGGAUUUCAAGAGUCCUGAUGCAGGACAAUGGUAAUGCAUUGCUCGUUGGAGUCGGUGGCUCAGGGCGCUCAUCCUGCUCGAAAUUAGCUACUGGAAUUUGUGAGUACAUCCUACACCAAGUUGAAAUCACCCGGAGUUAUGGGCCAUCCGAAUGGAGGGACGACUUAAAACAUCUACUCUUGAAAGUCGGUUGUGAUGGAAAACCAACAGUCUUCCUGUUUGCCGACAAUCAGAUUAAAGACGAAUCAUUUGUAGAAGAUAUCAACAUGAUCCUGAACACUGGAGAUGUGCCAAAUCUCUACGGAACCGAGGAGAAAGCUGAGAUACUCGAGAAGAUGACGAAUGUGGCGAGAGAGGAUUCCGGGAAACGAGUUGAGACUACCCCAAUGGCCCUUUAUAAUCUCUUUAUCGAACGAGUAAAGAAAUUCCUCCAUAUUGUGCUUACGAUGUCUCCUAUCGGUGACGCCUUUCGAAACCGUAUCCGCAUGUUUCCCUCGCUGAUCAACUGUUGCACCAUUGACUGGUACAUGCCAUGGCCUCCCGACGCUCUGGAAAAAGUCGCGACAAUCUCGUUGAAGGACCUAGAUAUCGAUGACGAAAUAAAACAAAAAUGCGUCAUCGUGUGCAAGAAUUUCCACGAAACAGUCCAACACUCCAGCGAAGACUAUCAACGAACCCAGGGUCGAACAAAUUACGUCACUCCAACAAGCUUCUUGGAGCUCAUCAAGUCAUUGUACAAAUUGUACGGUCAGAAAGUUGAUCAGAUCACCUCUCAGCAGAAUCGCUAUGAAGUGGGUUUGGAAAAGUUGGACUUUGCUGCGGGUCAGGUUGCCGUAAUGCAGGAAGAACUCCAUGCUUUGCAGCCCAAACUAGUGGCUCAGUCUCAGUUGAGUGACAAAUUGAUGAUCAGGAUCGAACAGGACACGGUCAAUGUCGAAGCGAAGAAAGAAGUCGUGGCUGCGGAUGAAGCACUGGCGAAUGAAGCCGCAGCUGCAGCACAAGCUAUCAAAGAUGACUGCGAGAGUGACCUUGCGGAGGCUACACCAGCCCUGGAAGCCGCUCUCUCAGCUCUGGACACCUUGAAGCCAGCUGACGUGACGAUUGUCAAAUCCAUGAAAAGUCCACCUGCUGGCGUUCGUCUAGUGAUGGAAGCUGUUUGUGUUCUCAAAGGAGUAAAACCAGAACGGGUUCAGGAUCCUUCAGGUGUAACAAUAGACGACUACUGGCCGGCGUCCAUCAAAGUUCUCGGAGACAUGAAGUUCUUGGAGAGUCUCAAGACUUUCGACAAGGACAAUAUUCCACCGGCCUACAUGAAACGAAUUCGAGAGAAAUUCAUGAACGACAGAAGCUUUCAACCGGAAGUUAUUAAGAAGGUGUCCACUGCCUGCGAGGGUUUGUGCAAAUGGGUACGGGCGAUGGAGGUUUAUGAUAGAGUUAUCAAGGUCGUAGCUCCUAAGAAAGCAAUGCUUGCGGAGGCCGAGGCUGAACUUGCUGCGCAAAUGGAGACACUCAAUGCAAAAAGAACUCUUUUGCAAGAAGUCACCGAUAAAUUACAGACUUUGAACGACGAGUUUGCGGAGUGUAUGAGGGAGAAGAAGAAACUCGAGGAUCAAAUUGACCAUUGUAUGCAGAAAUUGGACAGAGCUGAAAAGCUUCUCGGUGGCUUGGGAGGAGAGAAGACCAGGUGGAGUGAGACAGCUUCGAAUCUUGGAGCCAGUCUCGGUAAUGUUAUAGGCGAUGUCCUGUUAUCCUCGGGGAUCGUUGCCUAUCUCGGGGCCUUCACAGUGGAAUAUCGUAAUAAUCUGAUUGCUGAGUGGCACAAGACCUGCCGAGAUAUGAAGAUCCCCUGCAGCGUUCAAUUUAGUCUUCCGGACAUUCUAGGAGAAGCUGUGGAGAUAAGAGCUUGGAUGAUCCAUGGGCUACCAGCCGAUAACUUCUCUAUUGAAAAUGGAAUCAUCGUGAGGUAUGCUGACAGGUGGCCCUUGAUGAUCGACCCGCAGGGACCGGCGAACAAAUGGAUCAAGAACAUGGAGAAACAGAAUAAGUUGAAUGUCAUCAAACUCACUGAUCCUAAUUAUGUCAGGAUUAUGGAAAACGCCAUUCAACUGGGGCUUCCAGUGUUGCUGGAGAAUAUUCUGACGGAGUUGGAUGCAAUUCUUGAGCCUGUUCUCCUGAAGAACAUCUACAAACAACGAGGAGUGCUGUACAUGAAAUUCGGGGAGAAUGUUUUGGAGUAUAAUGACAACUUUCGGUUUUACAUCACUACAAGACUCCGAAAUCCUCACUACCUCCCGGAAAUAGCGGUCAAGGUGACUCUGUUAAAUUUCAUGAUUACUCCUCAAGGGCUUCAAGAUCAACUCUUGGGGAUAGUAGUUGCUAAAGAUCUCCCAAUCCUGGAGGACAAGAAGAAUCAGCUGAUUGUCGAAGGAGCGAACAACAAGCGAAUUCUCAAAGAAAUCGAGGACAAAAUCCUGGAAGUUUUGUCGUCGUCCGAGGGCAACAUCCUCGAGGAUGAAACGGCCAUCAAAAUUCUAUCAUCCUCAAAACUGCUAUCGGAAGAUAUUGAAGCGAAGCAAAAAGUUGCGGCGAAAACGACGAUUGAGAUUGAUGAUGCUCGUGAUGGUUACAAGCCAGUCUCACGGCAUGGAGCUGUUCUUUUCUUCUGUAUUUCCGAAUUAGCGAAUAUCGACCCAAUGUACCAGUACUCUCUUCCCUGGUUCAUCAACCUUUAUAUAUCAGCUAUCGCCAGUAGUGAAAAAUCAGAAGACUUGAGCGUUCGAAUCGAGAGCCUGAACUCAAUCUUCACUAGAAGCAUUUACAGAAAUGUUUGUCGAUCGCUUUUUGAGAAGGACAAGUUGAUCUUCUCCCUGGUUCUGACGAUUGGCAUUCACCGAGCCGAAGGACGAAUUCACGAAGACCUGUGGUCCUUCUUGUUGACCGGAGGUGUUGCUCUUCGGAAUCCUUUCAAAAACCCUGAUCCCAGCUGGUUAACAGAAAAAUCCUGGUCGGAAAUCACCAGAGCUGAUGCCUUCACCGGCCUCCAAGGCCUCAGACGAUCUUUCGAGGAGAACCUUUUAUCCUGGAAGGAGUACUAUGAUUUAGCCAAUCCUCAGGAUCAUUCCUUUCCGAAGCCCUUUAACACGGUCACUCGCGAGGAACUGAGAAACUUAGUCAUACUUCGUUGCAUCAGGCCGGAUAAGCUCGUCUCAGCAGUUCAGAGCUUCAUUUCCUUGAAUAUGAGUCAGGCCUUCAUAGAACCUCCACCUUUCGACCUUCAAGCCUCUUACGACGACUCAACCAAGACAUCUCCUCUCAUCUUCAUCCUGUCGCCUGGAUCUGACCCAAUGGCGGGCCUUAUAAAAUUCGCAGAGACAAGAGGUAUCCUUAAGAAAAAUCUCAUGACGAUCUCCCUGGGACAGGGCCAAGGACCUCUCGCUGCAGACAUGAUCAAAAAAGGGAUUCAAUCUGGUGAAUGGGUAGUUCUACAAAAUUGUCAUCUUGCGGAGUCUUGGAUGAAGGAACUAGACAGAAUCUGCGACGAGACCAUAAUUCCAGAGAAUACCCACGAUAAAUUUCGGAUCUGGUUGACAAGCUAUCCGUCAAAAGCAUUCCCUGUAUCAAUUCUGCAGAACGGUGUGAAGAUGACCAAUGAGCCUCCUAAAGGAGUCAAGCAGAAUCUUCUGAGAAGCUACCUGAACGAUCCAAUAUCAGACCAGAAGUUCUUCAGGAACUGCAAGCGAAUUAUCGAGUGGGAGUCCCUUCUUUUCUCGUUAUGUUUUUUCCACGCUGUAGUCCAAGAACGACGACAAUUCGGACCUUUGGGUUGGAACAUACCUUAUGAAUUUAAUGAAUCUGAUCUUCGUAUUAGUGUCCUUCAACUCCAGAUGUUCCUGAAUGAUUACGAAGAGGUUCCUUUCGAAGCUCUGUUGUAUUUAACUGGAGAAUGCAAUUAUGGAGGUCGAGUCACUGAUGACAAGGACCGAAGACUGUUGAAUUCUUUGUUAAAGAAUUAUUACAAUCCUGAAGUGAUCAGCAACAAGGAUUAUACCUUCUCGCCGAGUGGAAAAUUCAAAAUUCCAAAAGAGACGGAUUAUGAAGGGUGUUUGGAGUACAUAAAGACUCUGCCCAUCAACGUGUGGCCAGAGGUUUUCGGAUUACAUGAUAAUGCUGAUAUCACAAAGGAUAAUAAUGAAUCAAUGCAGCUGUUGGGGGGAGUUCUUCUCACCCAGACGCAGAUAAGCGUCGGUGGAGCCGAGGGAGACGCUGAUGCCAUGGUCUCUCUUCUGGCGAGUGAUAUUCUGUCAAAAAUGCCAGAACAGUUUAACAUCGAAGAAGUCGCCCAGAAGUACCCGGUGCUCUACAUGAACAGCAUGAAUACCGUCUUAAGACAAGAGCUGAUCAGGUUCAAUAGACUGACUGCUGUUAUCAAGGCAUCGUUGAAGAAUGUCCAGAAGGCAAUCAAGGGACAGGUGGUGAUGUCUGCGGAGCUGGAGGAUGUAUUUUUCAGCAUGAGUAUUGGAAAGGUACCUGGGGCGUGGGAUAAGAAGUCAUACCCCUCCCUGAAGCCUCUGGGGAGUUAUGUGAAUGAUCUGAUGAUGAGGAUCAAGUUCUUCCAAGAUUGGAUCGAUCAUGAUUCCCCCAAUGUCUAUUGGCUCUCUGGAUUCUUCUUCACGCAAUCGUUCUUGACAGGAGUUAUGCAAAAUUAUGCCAGGCGUCAUAAAAUUCCGAUUGAUCAUCUGGACUUUGAGUUCGAGGUGAUGGGGAGUGUCGAGGAGGUGGGUGGGGCUGCGAGCUCAGGUGUUUUCACUCAUGGACUGUUCUUAGAAGGUGCACGUUGGAAUAAAGAAGUCAAUGAACUAGAUGAAUCCAAACCGAAAAUAAUAUUCGAUGUUCUCCCAGUGCUGUGGUUGAAGCCAGGCGAAAAAUCGAAAUUCAAACCAGCACCGAGUUAUGCCUGUCCGGUAUAUAAAACCAGCGCAAGACGAGGAGUCUUAGCUACCACAGGUCACUCAUCCAAUUUUGUGAUGUAUAUACUGAUUCCAACAAGACUGCAAGAGUCUCAUUGGAUCAAUAGAGGUGUCGCUUGUCUUACGCAACUUGAUGACUAAUUUUUCAAUACUUAAAUAAUUGUACGAACAAUUUAAUCGCAAUAAACUGCUUAAUUAAUUUAUUGAUUUAGUCAUGAGUAUAUCAACUAGUCAAUUAAUUUUCUGAUACGAUUCAAUAAAUCUGGGAUAAAUUGAUUCAAUAAA